GAGCUUUAUAAUAUCAGUGUAAUGGAGAACGCAACGCUACCAGCAGUAAUAGCUCAAAUAAAAGCCAUAGAUAAAGACAGUGGCGUGAACGGAAAAGUCCACUACAGCAUUGCUUCCGCAUCAUCUGUUCCUUUGACCAUUGACUACACCACUGGUGAAGUUGUACUUCGCGAACGGGCUCCAACGUUCAUAGCAUCUCAAAAGAAAGUGUUUUUGGAGGAAAAUGUUGCAGUGGGAGACGAAGUGACAGCCACCGAUCAAGGUGAUCCAGCUCUCAGCUCCCACACCGACAUCAUCAUCAUAGUAAAAGAUGUCAAUGAUAAUGCCCCAGAGUUUCCGGAAAAGGAAUAUAAUAUAUCGCUCUCAGAAGAGACGCCACGAGGAAGUCAGAUUAUCGUACUAAAAGCUGACGACAAGGGUGGACUUCAAGGGCGCUGUCGUGUGAACCUCAUCAUCGAAGAUGUCAACUCUCCGCCUUACUUCAAGGAUCAACCUUUUACUGUGCGUGUUCCAGAAGAUUCGCCCAUAGGGUUUCACGUCGUUACACUCAAGGCUGAGGAUACUGACCAAGGCACCAAUGCCCAAUUGACCUAUUCCAUUGACUCUGAAGAAUUCAAUAUUGACAAUGCAACGGGAUUAAUCACCCUGAGGAAGAGCUUGGAUCGAGAGAAGCAGUCAAGUUAUUUGGUUGCCGUUACAGUAAGCGAUGGAGCUGUGCCACCGUUGAAUACCACUACUCAAUUGGAAAUAAUUGUUGACGAUGUAAACGACAACCCACCCAAAUUCUCUACCCAGAACUACACAGCUUCCAUCCCAGAAGAUAUUCCAGUUGGCACCUCUUUUAUGCAGGUCUCCGCAAUUGAUUUGGAUGUAGGAAAUAAUGGAAUUGUGGAUUACUUCUUGAACAACUCGGAUUCAUCACCGGUUUAUGAUCUUUUUCGUUUGGACAGAACAUCAGGUACUCUCAGAGUCAACUCGAAAUUGGACCGUGAGCAACAUCCCAUCAUUGAGCUCAACGUAUUCGCGAGAGACAGGGGUAAACCUCCGCUCACCUCCUCCGCUCUGAUCACCAUCUCUCUGACCGAUGUUAAUGAUAAUGCGCCAAAGUUUGACCAAUCCUCGUAUGAUCUGUACAUAGCCGAAAACUCUCCAGCUGGAAGUACAGUAGGCACUAUAAUGGCUACGGAUCCUGACGAGGGUGACAAUGCGAAGAUCCAAUUCCGAAUAUUUGGCGGUGCUGAUGCGAAACUUUUCGACCUGGAAGUUGACGAAAACCAACCCGGUGUCGUUCGAAUCCUUACUCGCGUUGAGUUUGACUACGAAGCGAAGAAUAACAAAUUUUAUUUGGAAGUACAAGCCACAAGUGGUCAACUAAGCUCUACCGUAGUUCUGCGAGUCCACGUUUCUGAUGUGAAUGACAAUCGGCCUGUCCUUAGCGAUUUUAUUUUAUUGAUUAAUAGAUUCGAGUCGGAAACGUCAAUAACCCAAAUCGGAGCUGUUCCUGCAUUGUGAGU